AUGCGAAUCAACUUCAAGUCAAGCAAAAGAGGCAAGAAAGAAUCCUGUCCCAGCUUUGUGGACUUCUUGCUGGAGAUCUCAAAUCGACAUGCUUUGGAGACGCUGUCCCCGACGGAACUGGCCGAGCACAAGGCUGCCCUGGUGGACUUCUUCACCACUGGGCCAGGCUCAGUGUGCCAGCUUGACUCAUUGUUUUUCCAAGAGAGCGCCAUGACACGGUGCACACACGAAGAAUCGCCCUAUCAGCUCCUACAUGGUGUGCCUUAUAUUUAUGAAGAGAUUCUUGGCUUCAAAUUCCGCAUAUCUCCAGACGCCUUCUUCCAGGUGAACCAGGCCGCUGCAGAGGUCCUCUACAGAACUAUCCGAGAUCUAUGCGCACCCUCCCAUGGAACCGGAACUGUGGGUGGGGGUACCCUCUUGGACGUCUGCUGCGGCACGGGCGCCAUCGGCAUCAUCGCAUCCCCUAGACUCCACCGCGUCCUGGGUGUGGAACUGGUGGAGCAGGCCGUGGAGGACGCCAGGCACAACUCGGCCCUCAACAAUGUUCACAACUGCGAGUUUAGAGCAGGAAAAGCCGAGGCGGUCCUUCCAAGUCUCAUGAAGGACUUAGACAAUUGCUCCGGUCUCACGGCGGUGGUGAAUCCGGCUCGAGGGGGGUUGCACUAUCGCGUGGUGAGGGCGUUGAGGAACCACUCGUCCAUCCGCAGGCUAGUGUAUGUGUCUUGUAAGCCAGAAGGAGAGGCCAUGAGGAACUUUAGAGAGCUGUGUUGUAGCCCGGACCUCAAGAAAAGGCUGACCGGAGAGGCCUUCACUCCCACACUAGCAGUGCCUGUGGACAUGUUCCCCCACACGCCACAUUGUGAACUUGUACUGCUGUUUGAGAGGCUGUUGAACAACCCCGGGCAGUCACUGAUCAGACAGGAGGAUACUGGGACGCGCGCAACAUCAGACAAGCCAGCGGCCAAUGAGAUCCACGCAGCCCUGAGCAUCAAUUUCCCUAUCCGCUUUUAA